AUGACCGAUUUUGCGGGGAUCAGCAUGCCAAUCGACGACAGGUCUCAGCAGGAUGAAAUUGCCAGUCACCUCCAAAUACCAGAGUCUGUGAACAAAAGCAAGGGUAGUCUGUCCGAGUUCGCCGCUGAGAUUGCUAGCCUAUUCUGGUUCGAGAGCGCGGAGACUUUGGACGUCGUAGCUGAUGCAAUACCUCCACCCGGUUUCCGGAAAUGGGUCACGACUAUCCUGAGCACUACCCAGGUUGGGAAGAAUGUGAUUCUGCUGGGUCUGCUCUUUAUCUACCGGCUCAAGCAAUUCAAUCCAGGAGUCAGUGGUAAGCGUGGAAGCGAGUUUCGGCUUCUGACGAUAGCUUUGAUGCUCGGAAACAAGUUUCUGGAUGACAACACCUACACAAAUAAAACCUGGGCUGAAGUUUCUGGGAUCACCGUGGGAGAAAUUCACAUCAUGGAGGUUGAGUUCUUGAGCAACAUGAGAUAUGACUUGUAUGUCUCAGCCGAGGAAUGGUCGAUCCCGAUUACACCGACUGUGCCAACAUCGCCUCAUACCCUUCCAUCGCCCCGAUCGAGCCAUUCCACCAGCACAGCCAGCAAAGCCUACGCCGGUCUACCGAACCCCAUGUUGAAUGCUCCCCAGCUGCAAAUUUCACCAAGUCGUGGCCCUCGAUAUGGCAGCGCAGACAUCCUCGACAGCCGGAAGCGAAGUCUCGAUCUAACUGGCGACGAGCCAUCAGCCAAAAGACUUCACUACUCGUCAAGAUUGAAGCACGAAAACGGCUCGCCACACUAUCUUCCACCUAGGCCAAAUCAACCAGCCGCAUCGUCAAUGGCCGCGUCCUCGCGAAAUGUGCAAUCUUCUAUGAAUGGUACUCUGCCAAGACUUCCCAUGCCUCGGUUGCCUUUGUCGGUCAGCACGAGUACUGCAGCAGAUAAUCAUCUUGCACCUUUACAGCUUCCAGGACCGCGAGCGAUGAUGAAUACUUACCCGCCGGCUACUAUGGCAUCGUGGUCUAAUCCAGUCACUCCCAGUGUCCAGGCAGACUCGUUCCAUCAGUCGAUCCCGAGUCUAGGUGACUUAUCACGCACACAACAUGUCAUCAAUUCCGCAAGAACCUCUCCGAAUGGGUACACAGCUGUUACACCAGUUCAUCAAGGUUCAUCGCCAUCAUAUUUCUUGACCAACCGACAAUCGCCCUAUCGUCCAGUCCGCCAUGUCAACACGUUGUUGCACCCACCCCCGAACGCGGCUAUGCAACCCCAAGCUCGGGUCGUCAGCCAUGAUCAGAUAUACUAUCAGCCACUCAGCAAAGUCGACUUCGAGCGACGCACAGGUCCCGUGCCAUACCACCAAUCCGAGGGGUACUACCAGAGUCAAGCAAAUACGCCUCUUACGCAAAAGUACCCCUACCAUUACUAG